AUGGAUUCCUUUAGCACUACUACAAAUUCAGAUUACAAUUGGCCAUUUCCUAAACCUAUUGUAGGGAAACCAUGCGAACCGCCAACACCGAAUACCGCACCUCGAGUCAGACCAGCACCAGUCGCUCCUUAUUGUCACUGCGACGUGCAUUCUUAUUCACCUCGCGUAGAACAAUACAAACAACUGCUAGAAAAAGAACAGAAGCUAUGCGAUGAUUAUGAAAUACUUCGGAAGCAAAUGGUAAACGUCACUAAUGACAUAUUAGAUCAUCCAUGCGACGAUCUGGAUACGAAAAUGCAAACCUUGUACCAGGCCACAUUUAAGAAGAGAUCGUUCCCAGUAGCAGAGUACAGAAAAAUAAUGGCAGCCACACAGUCAAAUGCACCCAUACCCACGGAAAGUCACCGACUCGGCAUGCUGCGGUGUUAUAAAGACCCAACUCACUUCACCGAAAAGCCUCCUACAGUCCGGCCAACCAUUAAUCCUCCUGGUCCAGUUCAUACUGGAGUCACUCCCAAAACGCUGCAAGUCUGGUUUGGGGAGUAUCCUGGUAGGACAGAGUAUAUGGACACAUAUAGUGCUACGGCGAAGGCUUGUUGGCGGUCUAUGCAGAGAUAUAAGGAGCCUUUGCCUUCAACAAGGAGGAGAGCUGACGAUGCUUGCGUAUAG